AUGUACGACUUCAGCCUUCUUAUCAACCUGUUACGUGUUGGCGAUAGAUCUCAGCCGUUUCGGCUGCGCCAAAUCGAGAAUGUCGAAGUCGAGAAGGGUCGAUACCACGCUUAUCUAAGCCCACCACCCCCCGGUGGCGGCUUCAACAAACGCGUAACUAAGGAUAUAUCCUAUGGAUACUCACCCUCGCCCAUGUUUGCCAGAAAUCCUCACAGGGUUUCCGCGCCAACUUCAUCUGCUCCGAAAAUGGGUGUUCCCGGUGAGAUCCAGGAGGCCUACCAAUCGGCAACCCAUCUAAAUGAGCUUCAGGGUUCCCCGCACUCCCUGUCUGAACAUCAACUGAAAUAUAUCUUCUCCGGAACACCGCACUUUCUUCUGGAGAAGGGGCUCAAACGGUGGUAUCCUCAUGUGGUUUUCCCAUGGGAUAAUGAUCUGAGAAUUCAGCAUCUCGACGAUCAGAAGGCAUUAGAGCACCCUUCUUUCACAUUGUCAACACUCCAUGCUCACAUCCCGGUUUCCCCAGGUGGUGGAGGAAUACAAAUAUAUCCGGAUGCCCUAACUGAAAAGAGCGGUUGCAGACGGCCCUCGUUUGAUAUUGGCGUGUUCGAGGUUCCAAACAUGUUGUCCUCGAGAGCAAAUGAGGAUGGCUGCAUUGGAUUCCAUAAUUUCAUGGAGCUACCAAUUGUGUAUGGACCCAGGUCCGAGCAGCGGCUGUUGUCACCACGCCUGCUCGAUAAACACUUGCAAAUCACACCGGCGCCCCGUGGGAAGGAUGAUCCAUACUCCGACUACAACUUAAAUGUUACCUUUGACCGUUUGAAAUUAGUGGCAGCAGGACCUUCGGCGUGGAAACGCAUUGGCGUGCGCGAUCUCUCUAUGAAGACUAUUACACAGAGGCUCCAGACUUUAUCGGGUGUGCAAGAUCAAAUCACUCUCCAAGGAAAGUCUGUAACCCUGCUUGAUGAAGAGAGCGUUGCAGGCCUCCACCGUCAGCUUUUCAGCACGUUUCUAUAUCCCCCACCAAACGCGGUACACGCAGAACAUCCCGAUAGCUUUCGGUUUCAGAUCAGCACGUUGAUACAAGUGCUCAAUCUUAAGGGUGCCUGGGUAGACUUUAGUUUGAUGAAAUGGAGGGUUCGUGCAGGUCAAAUCCUCUGGGAGCUUCCUCCUCAUCAAGACAGUGAUUGCCUGCAAAACGCCUCAGACAGACAGUAUUCAGGCACAGCACUCCAACGGAAGUGGCUUUUAUUACAGGUUGUUUUAUCCGCGGAGGUUUUAUUCCGCGCUGAUGCUGCGGCGGCGAAAAUUGGGAUCUAUAGCCAGUCCAAGGAUUUGCCUAUCACGCCACGGGAUGUUUCCGUAAUGAAUAGUUUGCGAUCAGAUACGCUGGACUGGGGGUUAACCUUCUGCCGUCGAAUUUUCGAAAACAUCUCCUUCCACUAUUGGCCACAGGCGUCUCACCAAUUGCCAGGCAAACGGUCCCUGAAUGAUUUGCCCAAGAAAACCCAUUCAAUAGUUUCCGUGCCAAAAGUUCAGGAGCCUCAUGACCUCGAUUCGCCCUGGGUAUGUGCACUCUUGCCACGGUACCCGUGGCAACAGCUAGAAGCCCUGCUGGUCUUUGCAGAACUUCUGAAAUGGCCAGACAUCGAAAAUAUGAAGCAUUAUAUGAGGGAGAAGUUGGAGUUUGCCCUCUUGCAGCCUUCUAAUUUCAACCACAUGUUUGUUUCGCCGAUGAGCACUGUGCCUCUGUCAGACAACAUUAAGCUGCCAGGGAAAUGUGAAAUGUAUCGCAAAAGCCACUCUUUAAAAUUGUGCCGCCUCCAUUCCUGUCCUUCAUCUGCUCGUGACAGUUCCAACUACGUGGGAGGAUGGAUGUCUCGCCAAAGUUGGUGGAGCAAAGCAUGCGUUAUUGGUCGCAUUCUUGCCAGCCUUGAUGCCUCUACAAUCUGCAUGGGCUGGAUUAGUACGACUAUUAUUCCACUUGAUGAUGCGAGAUCACCCCUGAGCGAUGGAUGGCUGGAGAUUGAGACAAUAGACAUCACUAAGACCCACACUCAGGCACGUAUAAAUCAAGGAAAAAGUGUUCUUCUUGACUCGUCACCUCUGGGGACCGAGGGUGAUCUAACAGCAAUGGCGUUCUCAUUACCGCUUGAUGAGGCUAACGCUGGCCCAAGUCAGGAUACACAAGUGCUGUAUGAGAACACUAUUUUGUCCUUACAGCACUCUCAACACCCUUCUGUCACCGCACGCCCUCUCAAGGCUACCGCCACUCUAGCGUUUACACUCACACGUGGCUUGUCCGGCCCGAGCCAAGUAUUCAUGAGCAUAAAGUAUAACGUGUCCUUCGUUUCCGCGUUUCCCUGUCUCCCGCCGUACGGUAGCGUUCUGUCCUCCGGUUACGAAUAG